AUGAUUUCUCCUAGAAUCACUCAAGUAGUCCGAAAUGGAUUACGACUCCAAGGACAGCGUUCUGCUGCUGGAUUUGGAGCUGCUGCUUCCCGCCUUGGAUCUGGCCUUCGUUGGAACUCUACUGAAGCUCCCAACGAUAAGGUUCAAGGUCCCGUGAUUGGUAUUGACUUGGGUACUACCACCUCUUGUUUGGCAAUUAUGGAGGGUGAGACCCCCAAGGUCAUCGCCAACGCUGAAGGUACUCGUACUACUCCCUCGGUUGUUGCCUUCAACAAGGAUAACGAACGUUUGGUUGGUGUUAGUGCCAAGCGUCAAGCCGUUAUCAACCCUGAAAACACUUUCUACGCUACCAAGCGUUUGAUCGGCCGUAGAUUCAAGGAACCUGAAGUUCAACGUGAUAUUCACGAAGUUCCCUUCAAGAUUGUCGAACACACAAAUGGUGACGCCUGGUUAGAAGCUCGUGGUAACAAAUACUCUCCCUCUCAAAUUGGUGGUUUCGUUCUUGGUAAGAUGAAGGAAACCGCUAGUGACUUCCUCGGUAAAAAUGUUAAGAAUGCUGUUGUAACUGUUCCUGCUUAUUUCAACGACUCUCAACGUCAAGCUACUAAGGCCGCUGGUGCCAUUGCUGGUUUGAAUGUUAUGCGUGUUGUUAACGAACCCACUGCUGCUGCUUUGGCUUAUGGUCUUGACAAGAAGAAUGACGCCGUUGUCGCUGUUUUCGACUUGGGUGGUGGUACUUUUGAUGUCUCCGUUCUUGAGUUGAACAACGGUGUUUUCGAAGUUAGAAGCACCAACGGUGAUACCCACUUGGGUGGUGAAGACUUUGACAUUGCUAUCGUUCGUCACAUCAUCAGCACCUUUAAGAACACCGAUAACAUUGACUUGACUGGUGACCGUUUGGCUGUUCAACGUAUCCGUGAAGCCGCUGAAAAGGCCAAGUGCGAACUUUCCACCUUGUCCAAGACUGAUAUCAGCCUUCCUUUCAUCACCGCUGAUGCCACUGGCCCUAAGCACAUCAACAUGGAAAUCUCUCGUGCUCAAUUCGAAAAGCUUGUUGACCCCUUGGUUCGCCGCACCAUCGACCCUUGCAAGCGUGCCUUGAAGGAUGCCAACUUGCAAGUUACUGACAUCAACGAAGUUAUUCUCGUUGGUGGUAUGACUCGUAUGCCUCGUGUUUUAGACACUGUCAAGAGCAUUUUCAAGCGUGAGCCCGCCAAGUCUGUCAACCCUGAUGAAGCUGUUGCCAUUGGUGCCGCUAUUCAAGGUGGUGUCUUGUCUGGUCAUGUCAAGGAUCUUGUUCUUUUGGAUGUUACUCCUUUGUCCUUGGGUAUUGAGACCUUGGGAGGUGUUUUCACUCGUUUGAUUAACCGUAACACCACCAUCCCCACCCGCAAGUCUCAAGUUUUCUCUACUGCCGCUGAUGGCCAAAGUGCCGUCGAGAUUCGCGUUUUCCAAGGUGAACGUGAACUUGUUCGUGAUAACAAGUUGAUUGGCAACUUCCAACUUGGUGGUAUCGCUCCUGCUCCUAAGGGUCAACCCCAAAUUGAAGUUUCUUUCGAUGUUGAUGCUGAUGGUAUCAUUAACGUCUCUGCUCGUGACAAGGCCACCAGCAAGGACAACUCCAUCACUGUUGCUGGCUCCUCUGGUUUGAGCGAGUCUGAAAUCGAAUCUAUGGUUGCCGAUGCUGAGAAGUACCGUGCUGCUGAUAUGGCUCGUAAGGACGCUAUUGAGAACGGUAACCGUGCUGAAAGUGUCUGUAUGGACAUUGAAUCCAACCUUGAUAUUCACAAGGAAAAGCUUGAGAAGCAAGGUGUUGAGGACUUGCGUGCCAAGAUUACCGAUGUUCGUGAAAACAUUGCCAAGGCUAACAGCGGUGAUGAGAGCGUCACCGGUGAAGACCUCAAGAAGAAGAUUGACGAGAUUCAACAAGCCUCUCUUAAGGUUUUCGAAACUGUUUACAAGAACAAUCAAAAUGAAGGUAAUGAAUCUGGUAACGCUUCAGGUGAAGGUGAGAAGAAGUAA